AUUUGUGGGCAAAGUUUCUUCGAUUUUCCUUUCAGACCAAUCGGGUUUCGCAUCGGUCAGCGGAUAUGGCUACAUCAAGGUUCCAAGCAUUCUUGAACAGUCCAAUUGGCCCUAAAACAACUCAUUUCUGGGGGCCUAUCGCUAAUUGGGGUUUUGUUGCUGCUGGUUUGGUGGAUAUGCAAAAGCCCCCUGAAAUGAUUUCUGGAAACAUGUCCUCAGCGAUGUGCGUUUACUCUGCAUUGUUCAUGAGAUUUGCCUGGAUGGUGCAACCACGCAACUAUUUACUACUUGCGUGCCAUGCAUCAAACGAGACUGUACAACUCUAUCAGCUCUCACGUUGGGCUAGAGCCCAGGGGUAUUUAUCCUCCAAGAAAGAAGAGGAGAAACCAUCUCAGUAAACCAAAAUGAGGAAUGGUUUCUUCGAAGCUGCUUCAGAAUUUGUUCUUGGGAAUUACUGAAUCCAUCCAUUUGAUUUUCUUUUGAAACGUGUUUGUAUUGUGUCCCCAAGCUAUGGUUGCUUUACUUGUUGGAUCGUUCACUAACAUUAUCUCUUUUGUUUUUUUUAUAAGUAACCGCUUGUAAUAAAAUUUGGGACCAGUC